AUGUCAGCCAAAUCGUCUGAAUCAACUUGGUCUGUAUUUAUCGACUUGUUUUUAUCAGGAAAUCUUAAUGAUACAGAUGUCAACGAUUAUAGUUUGGAGUAUCUUGGUAUCAUUACACUUGGUGACAAAGUUGGAAACAAACAGACUAGAGCCAGCUAUCCUAAAGAUUUAGUAGCAACAACUAACAAACAUUUAAGUAUGGCCAAGCAAGAUGUCUUUUUGAAAUUUGAUUCAAAAUACAAUACUUUUUUCUCUGCUCUAGAAGUAUCGGUGGAUAACUGCCACACAGUGUUGUUAAGAAAUUCUUUAGCUGUCAAGAAUACCAAUGAUCCAAGUCUAAGCUUUUGCUAUGAAUACUUUAUGAUCUUUGUUUUACAUGUCUUUACCAAGUGUGGAUUAAAAAGAAUUUCAAAAUCAGAAUCAGCAUACAAUUUCAGAGUCAUAUUUAGGUUUAUGGAUGUUGUUGUGGAUGCUCUUCCUCAAUGCGAGUUUAUGCCUGGUGAAGUAAGAUUACAAGCGAUUAAAGAUGAGUUAGAACGACAAGAUCUUUCUACAGCAAGCUAUUACAAUGCAGACGGCAUUAUCUAUGAUUUGAUUUCUGGUGUAGAGUUGAUGCUUUUAGAAACUUCAGGACCUUUUGGCAACAAUGAUAUCAAGAGAGAAACUAAAGAUUAUGUCAAAGCCGCCUAUGGUCUCCUUGCAAUGUUACAUAAAAUAGCACACAAAUACGUUUAUGCUGACAUUGAUAUCUUCAAGCAACUAAAAGUAUGUUUUGUUCAUGCUGCCAAUAACAAAAUACGACUUUGGGCGUUUUGUUUAGUGUCAAAGCAAUUGUAUAUCUUGAACCGAAUUGACAGUAGUGUACUUCCUACUGAUUCAUCAAAUGCUGAAAAUGAUUUGAAGGGUAUGACAAAUCUAUUUUGGAAACUCAAACAAACAAUUGAAGAAGCAACAGAGACACUCAAGAAAAUCAAAGAAUCUCAUGAGAAAAACAAAAUCUUUGCAGAAGAAAACCCUGACUCGCAAAUUGAGCAAUUGAUCUCAUAUCUUGUUGAGGUUGCAGAAGUCAAAUUAUCAUCACAAAUAUCAUAUGCAGAAGAUAUAUAUAUUAACAGUUCACCCAUUAUACCCGACUCGCUUGAUUUUGAUUGA